GCCUCACCUGGUCUCAGUUGUCAGUGGCGCGCACUGAGGAUCGGUCAGCAUGCGGGAAGCUGAGUGCUAGUGCUCGUCAUGACAGCGGUGGCCUGCACUUUGGUAUCGCUAUGCGUUUGUCUGACUGCGGUGUCGGGCAUGCCUGCCGCCAAGAGGCUGCCCAUACCCCACGACACUGAUGACGUUCUGGCCGGCAGUGACUUCCUUUCCAUGUUCAUGCAGAGGAGCAUGAGGACGGCAGACCGGCCAGACGGACCCUUCGAGCCGCAUCACUAUGACCACGACCUCAACUCCGUCAUCCACCCGCACCCGCACCUCUCUGCCAAGUACAAGAUAUCCGAUAUCUACAAGACCGCCAAAUACGGGUACGCGGUCAGCGAGAUGCCUAGUGAAGCGGAAGACUAUCAGGUGACCACACCCCCCGUCUCACCAACCCUGGAAUCAGAGGUGAGGACGACCACUCAAUUCGUGGAUCCCACGACGAUACAGGACAUACCCACCACGAUAGAUGACGUCAGCGACAGACUCGCCACCAACUUUACAAUAGAGGAACAAGCACCGACCGUUUUGACUGGUGAUGAUUCUACAAGACCAGAGACCACUACACAACAAACGGCUACAGAAAAGGUCGAGGAACAGGUAAUAUCUGUGAGGGUGUCGUCAUCUGUGGUGAGACACUCUCACAGAGUAGAGACGUCCACGGCGAGGAGCACACCUGAGGUCGUGUCCCAGCCGAGACGAGUAGACGAGAACCUCGUGAGCACCCUCGUGACUCAGGAUCAGCCCACAAUCACGGCAGUACAGAGGAGUGAGUUCGCUGUGGAAGAAGCGUCUCUUUCUGACUCAGAGGCUACCAACCAUCGACAAAGUAAGGCGCAGAGUGCUUACGACAGGGAAGAAGAAGUCGAGGGCAAGGUUCAAGAAGUGUCCCGUUAUAAUAACAGACAACAGACCAGGUUAAACGGAGAGUUACCUGUUUUUGAGAUACAUUUCCAUAACGCUCCACCAUCCCUCAUUUCGAACUAUGGGAGUAAAACGGAAACCCAGACAAUUGAAGACGAAGUUCCAGCAUUGAGGAGGAAGGAAUUCCGUCAACUCUCGCCGUACCCACAACAGACGGAGCCAGUCAGUUAUCAGUCCAGAGUGUCCUCGGCCACGUCAGACAGCAGUGUGCAUUACUACAGAGACCAUUCCAGAAGUAACCCGUUAGCAGUGGAGACGGUCAAUCGACCAGCCCAAGCAGAACCCUUCGCGUCAGCACAGUACGCUCCAGAUCAAGACAAACCUUCGGGAAGCAGUUCAGGCGAUUCGGAGUUUAAAGAGACUCCUGUAUACCACGAGGAACCCAGAGAACGAACCUACGGGGAGCCGGAGAAGGUGUACGGGCGACCCGAGGUCAACUACGAGGUGGACGAGGCUGUCAGCGUUAUCACCAACGGGAAGGCUCACGGCGCGCAGGUUCCCACACCCGUUCCGCAGCCAUCGGAGGAUCCUACGGGCCAGAACAAGUUCGGGUACGUCGUGGAAGGACGGAACUUCCGGAAAUAUCGCGUGGAGGAGCGGACGGCCGACGGGUUCAUAGUGGGCGAGUACGGCGUGGUCAGCCACGACGAUGGGAGUCUCCGCGGUGUACGCUACACGGCUGACAGUACCAUCAACCCCCGCCUCAUAUACGACACCCUCGUCAAGUUCCUAUCACUCAAGUAACAGUUCCUCCGACUCCGUAACCAAAUCAAAACAGCUUGUCUCGUGGCUUUACUGUCAACUUUUAUACGUUGAACUCUCUUUGAAGCGUUCUUAAAACCAGAGUGCCUACGAUUUUCAUAAAAAUGCUUAGUUGUUUCCGGAACUUAACGUACGAUCCUGUGAUAUUUAUUACCUAGUUGUAAAAUGACAAUGCUGGUGCAGUAAUGGGACUGUAGGGUGGGUAGGACUGAUGUCGCCUUCGUAUGUGCGCAUAUGUUAGGAGGCGAACGGUUCCGUCUGCUAGUGCGAUGACCUAUCGCCCUGACGCCUCAGGACCAUUCCCCUCUCAUUGUACCGUACUGUACCCGAGACUGGAUGGGCCCCAGGCGUCGCACCGGUCGAUGUUUGUCGCCUAGCAGGCUCGUGUCACACGUCUGGUCUACAUGUGCUAAGUGUCCUUUCUUAACUGUGCAUUACGUUCAAAAUUAGUGGCUGUAGCUUUUGAAUUGAUUUUGUAAUUUAUUUAGGAAAUAUAAUAGUUUUGAACAUUGUAUUUCUUUAAUUUUCCAGCUCAAUAUUUUAGGGUAAGACUUUAUUUGGGUUUACUGUGCUUAAUACAUCCGAGUCAAAACUGGUCAGGAACGUACAUUUUUAUACUCUAAAAUUAUUGCUAUGUAUAAUUAUUUUAAAUCUUUACUUAUAUAAAAAUGUUUGUAUUAAGACUUCAAUAUUUUUUGUACUUUAGUGAAUGAAAUAUUCUAACGUUCAAACCUAGUAUUGUACUAUACAAAAAACAAAAAGAAAUAGAAAUGACCAAAAUUUCGAUCAAACUUUAACUUUUGGCAUGCAAAUAUUUAGCAAUAAUUUUACACAGUUAAUAGUACGUAGUAACAUAUACGUGUGGUUUAUAUAUGUUCAUAUUUGUAGAGUCUCGUCUCCAUAAAGCAUAUAUGUAAACAUUAAACUACUGAAUCUACUAAAAAUAACCAUUAAAAUAAAGUGGUAAAAGUUAUUUAAUAUGAAAUUCGUCUUCAUUUUCAGAAAAUAUCAUGAUUUUAUUAAUAAUGUAAUGUUUCACUCUGUUAUGUAAUGUAACUAUAGUUGUAACAAAUAUAAAAUUACAUAAAAACUCUAAACAUAACGUUGUUCUGUUUUGCCCAUGACGACAUAAACUUUAAUUAACAUUUGAAUAAAAUAUGUCCAUCCUACAAAAUAUUACAAUAUUUAUAGAAUUAUUAGUAAGAAAAAAUGCUCAUUGUUUGGUACUUAAUUGUUGUAUUUUAAUUAUUUUAUUUUACCAUAAUAGUAAAAUUGUCUUAGGUAAUGUGUUGUAAGUUAUCAAUAUUGUAAGCUAUAGAGCCUUACACGUACUAUGAGCUUAGGCAACAUUGUAAUUUUAAUUAAUUACAAUUCCAUAGUAAUUCGUUGGCGAAUUUAGUAGUUAUUUAGUUUGACUGAAGUGAAAAUAUGUACGUGAAAUAAAUGAGUUUUGUACAAAUAAA